AUGGCUAUCACCGAACGAGUUUUAGUCCAAACAUCCUCAUCAUUGAAUAUAAACCCUACGCUCCGAGCGCAAAUCACCAGAUUCAAGGAAUUCGAAGGUUUCACUAGUGUUGCUUCUGGCUUUUCUCUUGAUGAUGAUGAUGAUGUAAAUGUUGAUGGAAAGGAAAAAGCUUUUGUUACGGCUCUGGUAUAG